AGCCGAAGGACAUCAUCACAUCCAGAGUGAAAUCAACAUGAAGGCCACAGUGGGACUGCUGCUUCUGCUGCUCACGGUUUAUUACUGCGCUGCUGCACCUCAAGCAUUGGUUCAAAUGUCUCCUGGACAAUGCUGUUUCAAAUUCUUUACUGGAAGGAUACCAGAGAAGAAAAUAGUCUCUGUCAACAAGACUCACAGCGCCUGUCUGGAAAAAGCAUUUGUGAUCGGUACAGCCGCCGGGAAGCACAUCUGUGUGAGCCAGAGUGUCACCUGGGCUCAAGAAGCCUUUAAGCAAAAGCAGAUUGCUGUUGAAUGAAUACUCUUCAGAUUUCAUGAUCAACCAUAAUAAAGCUCUGUGUUAUGUUAACCCAUGCUAACAGCAAUUUUAUGAUGACUGUAUUUUACA